GGUCGGCGUGUGGGGCCCGAGCGGGUGCGGAGUUGCUUUGUGGGACGGCCUAGAGGGCGGGCUCCUUUCGGAGUCUUUAACUCAAACAUUCACUCCGCGAACGUUCAUCGAACUCCGGUGUGCCGUUCUCGGCUUUUGGGUGCCGGCCCAAUAUGGGCCAAGCACGGUGAUGGGGCUCGGAAGGGAGGAUACGGGAAGGUGCUAGUGGGUCGCAGAGAGACACAGAGUAGACUUUUUCUGCCUUUGUUACUUUGCAUGCACGGUGUCUGAAGUGCCCUUUUACGUGGGGAGGGUGCGCUGAAGAUUUAUGCUGAAACGCCAUCUGCUCGAGAUUUGACUAAUUGUUCUCUCCUCUCUCUGGCUGUUGGACGCGCGCCUUUCCGGAGGAUGGGGGAGGUAACCAAGGUCCUGAGCUGUUACCUGAACUUGUGUGAACAGAGCACCUCAACCUUUGCUUUCUAGCACUCGACCACACCCAGCAAAGCGUUCACUUUGUGGUUCUCAGUUUCGUCAGCUGGUGGUGCUUGUUCCAUACAGUACAAUGGGGGGCGGACGGCGGACGGACACCGAAAUCUUAUGUAAUCGCCACUGUUUCCUAUGCUGUCCAGUGGCUAGCCGUUUUUAAAAGUAAAUUUUUAUCAGUAAGGGUUUCUAUUGAGGGGCUGGGGAUGUAACUCCGUGGUGGAGCGCUUGCCUAGCGUGCAGAUCAGCGGAUCAGCUGAUGCUUUGGGUAUGUCAAAUAUAUUAUUAAAAGUUAAUUUCAGGCCGGCCACGGGUGAAUCACGGUUCUAAGCCAUCCCAGGCAAAUAGUUUGAGAGACCCUAUCUCGAAAAAAACUCAUAACAAAAAAGGGCUGGUGGAGUGGCUCAAGGUGUAGGGCCAAGUUCAAACCCCAGUACCAAAAAUAAUAAUUUGAAGGGCUGGGUGGUGGGGCUAAAUGGUAAGAGUCUUGCCUACCAAGUGUGAGCUCCUGAGUUCAAAUCCCAGUACUGCCAGAAAAAAAUUUCAGGUUGGGGGUAUAGCUCAGAGGUAGAGUGUUUAUCUAGCCUGUGCAGGGCCCUGAGUUCCAUUCUCCAUUCCCCCCAAAAUUAAUUUCACCUAUCAUAUGGCUAUUAGGAAAUUUCAGGUUGUACUCAUGGCUUAGUAGGGGACAGUACUGCACUAAGGGAUCUUAAGAAGGGCUAUUUAGGGAAUCUCGUUGAGACUUCGGAAAUCAUCUGUAACCUUGGAGUUGAGAGACUGGAUAAAGAGCUUCCAGACAUGGAGAAACAACCCUAUCUUCUAACAUUAAGUAACAUUCAUUAAGUUUUAACUGGAUGCUGUGUGAGAUUCAUGGAUUAAUUGAGCUAAUGCGCUGAUAACUGUAUGAUAGGAGAUGUAAUUUGCUGUGAGAAACUUAAAAAAAGAUGAAUGACACGUCCAAGGUUACAUAGCAAAACCUCAGAUCAAACACAGGUCUGCCAACUCCAGACUCAGCUUCUGGAUUAUGUUCACUGAUUGUCCAAGAACGCCUGGUAGGUGUCCAUAGUAUGUUGCUGUUUUAAGGUAAAACAGUGUGAAAAGAGCUUAUACCCCUGGAAAGGAGCAGUAAAGGUGAUACUCUGCCCUUUUCCACUCAGUUGUCCAAAGCCAGGUGCUCUUCUCAGGUCAGAACAUUUAUUCAGCAGCAUUUUAAAGUACCACUGAAAGCAGGACCCCAUGGUGUGCUGUGUCUGCCUCAGUUACAGGCCGUGGAGGGAGGUGAAGCAGGAGUUGAGUUGAGCACCUUGAGCCCUUUGCUUACAUUUCACUCUCUGGAAAUAGGACAUAUGAGGAGUUAGCAGUUUGUAACCAUUAUCAAGCCCUUGCUAUAGCCCAGGCACUUUGCUAAACUUUAAAUACCAAGCAGUAUCUCUCUCAGUUCCGAUGUCUACUUUUUCCAUCUCAUCUUAUUUUUGGAAAAAUAAGCCACAAAAAGGUUGAAAGAACGAAAGCACAAAGUCCUGAGUUCAAACCCCAGCCCUGCCAAAAAUAAAUUAAAAAUUAAUACAGUUGUGCCUACCUGACUUGAAAAGUCACAUUUCACCCAUAGUUAUCAUUUGUCUAGUUACCUAUCGCUUACUUUCUUAUAUUUUCAAAGUAAAUUGCCUUGAUGUCCCUAACAUGCCUGAUAGGUAGGUAACUCAUUAACAAAAGUUCAGUGUUUGCAUCUGCUACUUUUAAAUCACUUUACUGCUUUUUAAUGCACCUGUGGAACAUUUUGCAUAUUUGUGCUUAGGUGUGAAAUGUUUUGGUGCUGUUUUUGGUCAAUCUCUGACUUUUGCUCUAGUCAUGUCAUCAUUCAGAUAUAGUGGUAAGACAAGAGAGAUGUGAUCCUGUCAGGAGAUUGACUCUUGUUAGGUGUUUCUCUAUUCUGCACAAUAGUAUGGUGCUGUAGUAUUGAAAAGACUAUAGAGGGCUUAUCCAAUUUAGGAGUAAAAUCUGGUAUUGUGUAAUCACUAAUAUAAGUGAACAGUCGCCAUCCCUGUCUCCUUAAGAAAAGACAUGCCUAAGUUUUGUGGUUUUUUCUUGUUCAAAAAAGAAAAAGACAAACUAUGGUGACCUUCCUAUACCUCCUGUGGGGUAGAAAGAACUCCCUGAGGAAAUAGUGACUGUCCCCUGAGUGUUCUGGCUCUGUGGACACUUGCUGCUUACUGUGUUCCCUUGUUAUCUUCUUGUGUGCUCAUCUUUUUAUUGCAAAGUGGAUUUGUUGUCUUGCCAAUUCGUUCACUCUUUAUUUAAAUCCUUUUAUCUUGUUAUUAGGCUGCUCUUUGGCGUAAAUUGCAAUCGAUUAGGGAUCGUUUCUCAGACUCAAGUUAGAAGUGAGAGUUCAGAUAAGUGAGGCCGCCAUUGCUGCUUUGAACACCUCAGAAGGGGAGAAUGGAUUUAUCAGGAGUGAAAAAGAAGAGCUUGCUAGGAGUCAAAGAAAAUAAUAAAAAGUCCAGCACUAGGGCUCCUUCUCCUACCAAACGCAAGGACCGCUCUGAUGAGAAGUCCAAGGAUCGCUCUAAAGAUAAAGGAGCCACCAAGGAGUCAAGCGAGAAGGACCGUGGCAGGGAUAAGACUCGGAAGAGGCGCAGUGCUUCCAGUGGAAGCAGCAGCACUAGGUCUCGUUCCAGCUCAACUUCCAGCUCAGGAUCCAGCACCAGCACUGGCUCGAGCAGUGGCUCCAGCUCUUCCUCUGCAUCCAGCCGCUCGGGAAGUUCCAGCACGUCCCGCAGCUCCAGUUCCAGCAGCUCCUCCGGCUCCCCUAGCCCUUCUCGGCGCAGGCAUGACAACAGGCGGCGUUCCCGUUCCAAAUCCAAACCACCUAAAAGAGAUGAAAAGGAGAGGAAAAGGCGGAGCCCUUCCCCUAAACCCACCAAAGUACAUAUUGGGAGGCUUACUAGGAAUGUGACCAAGGAUCACAUUAUGGAAAUAUUUUCCACCUACGGAAAAAUUAAAAUGAUUGACAUGCCUGUAGAAAGGAUGCAUCCUCACCUAUCCAAAGGCUAUGCAUAUGUGGAGUUUGAGAAUCCCGAUGAAGCUGAAAAGGCGCUGAAACACAUGGAUGGAGGACAAAUUGAUGGCCAGGAGAUCACUGCUACUGCUGUGCUUGCCCCCUGGCCUAGGCCACCGCCUCGGCGAUUCAGCCCCCCCAGGAGAAUGCUGCCACCACCUCCCAUGUGGCGCAGGUCCCCACGGAUGAGGAGAAGGUCACGCUCCCCAAGGCGCAGGUCCCCAGUGCGCAGGCGGUCCCGCUCUCCCGGCCGCCGCCGCCACAGAAGCCGUUCCAGCUCCAACUCCUCUCGAUAAGCAGGCCAACCGAAGCUCACCCUGUAAUUUAUGUGCCACCCAGCUCAGUUUUGUCACUUCUCCAGCCAAAGGAGGAUCAGUCAGGCUUCAAAAGCAGCAGUUGAGACGUUUCUGCUGCAGGCGAGUUCUAGCUGCCAA